AAAAAGGCACAGGCCUCCCAGAAGUAAAACACUGCCCCCCACGUAUUGUCUCGUGGGGGUUAUGAAUAUUUAGAAGAAAAGCUCAUGGCUAAGAAAACAAAGAAAAGACUGGAAGAAGUUGCCCAGUCUGGAAGCACUGAGGGCAUCAUUGACCCUCCAUCUCCCAUCAGACGCCACGUGAAAUGGAAGAUGGCCCGCACGAAGAAAACUGGACAGGUGACGUCUGAGGCAGCAAAGGAAAUAGCUGACAGGAUUGAUUCUUUGGACGAGCAGGCGUCACAGGGAUCGUUCGUCCCCCAUGGACGUCAGGAUAUCCUGACUGCUGCCAUUGGGCGACCAGAGCACCCUGGCCGUGUUCGUGUUGUUGGAGCCGAUGUCACCAUAAAGCAAUACUUUGGAUCAGCUUCACGAACAUCCUGCAGUUCUUCCUCCAUGCCUCUUGAAGACCUAGAACAGCUGACUCAACAAAUCAGAGACCAACUGGAGGAGUCAAUCACAGAAAAAGUGACUCGAAAGAUGAUGGAAUCCUUCAGCCAGAUGCAGUCCCAGUUUCAGUCUCAGAUGCUAACUGUCAAUAAUUUUGGAGUAUGA